GAGUAGUAGUUCUACCUACAUUUGUUUUUGUUUUGUGUAGUUCUACUGGUCAGUUCAGUUUAGAAGACGUCACCUUUCAGGCUAUAAUUACACGCGUUUCUUUCUGUUCAUGUUAAUUAAUAUUUGUAUAAAUAUAAAAUAAGAUAAAUUUACUAAAUAACUCAUUAUGGGGCGCCGAAAAUCUAAAAGGAAGCCUCCAGCAAAGCGAAAAGCGAUUGAGCCGUUAGAUCAGCAGUUUAACUGCCCAUUUUGCAAUCAUGAAAAAUCUUGUGAAGUGAAAAUGGAUCGAGCCAGAAAUACUGCAAGAAUACAAUGUCGAGUGUGUUUAGAAGAUUUCCAAACAACAACAAAUGUGCUGUCUGAACCAAUAGAUGUCUAUAAUGACUGGGUUGACGCCUGUGAAAGCGCUAAUUAGGCUAUUUUAUAUUUCAGCUUCAAUACAUAUAAUAUGCAAUUUGUUUUUGAUGCAUUGUAAUUAUUUUUUAAUUAUAAAUAAUUGAGUCAACAAAUUGUAUUUGUAUUGUUAGAUUUCUUUGAAUGUACAUUUUAAUAUAGUAAUAUAAAAUUGGGUAAACUAUGUGCUCAGAACAGGAAGAAUUUUAUACAUUAUCAUUUAAAAAUCAUUUGUCUUGUGAAGGUAGUUACUUCUGAAAUUAUCAAAUGUGACAAGAUACCCUACUAAAAUUAUACCAUCACAAAUACAAUACACAGAGUGGUCACCUUCAAGUAUUUUGACAGGGUGAAGCCAGUAACCAAGUAUUACAGGUAUUGCAAAUGUACUUUAUUAUUUUUUGUUAAAGGACUGUAAAUUAAAAAAAAAUUUGAACUUGUAAGUAUAUUAUUAUUCUAAUAUUACUAUGAAUGACUGUCUAGGCUAUCAAGUUUUAACUACUGCUAUAUUUGAUAUACAGAUUUUGAUAAAAUUUGGUAGAGAUAGCUUAGUUUUCAAUUGACUAUAGGAUUUAGCCUAUUAUAUUAGCAUAUCUUCAAAAACUUCAUACUGAUUAAUUACUAAGUUUCUAUUAUUUUUUAAUUUAUAUUAGAAUACAAAUAAAAAAAAUAUAAAUAAUACUUGAUUAUAAACAAAUAUAAAAAGAAGUAAUAAAAUAUGUGGUGACUGUA